UAUCACAAAAGAGAAACAGCCUGGAAUUUGACGCAUUAGUUUCUGAAAUAAAGACUAAUUUGUUAACCCCCAAACCAAAAUAUGGACUGAAUUCCUCCUGCACAAGAUGUCUCUCUCGUUCCUAAGGAUAAAGAUGAUAGUUCUCCUCCUCAACCUGUGAAGAAAGUAGUGAAGUGAUCAAAACUAAAAUAAAAUUCAGAAAGAGUUUUACAAGAAGCAGAUGAAUUAUGUAGAAAAUAAGUACUCCAAGAUUUAUCAGAAGUUGAUUCACAAAGAGAAGCAGCUGGAGCACAUUCACCUGAAGGCUAAACCCCAUCUUAAAGCCAAUAAGUCUUUAAGAGAUAUUACCCAAUCUGAUUUAUCAUACCCAAACAAGAGCAGGAUCUCAAAAUAAUUCUAAGGUUCACGAGCGAUUAUACAAUGAAAACAGUGAGAGAAAAGUUAGAAAAAAUAUCCUAAAUAAUUUAUAUCAAAGUAUACAACAGAAAAGCCUAAUUUAUUCAAGAAGAGGGUCUAAUGUCUCUGGGAAGGAUGAACUCCAUUGAAAGUUAAAGACAUCAAGAGUUUCAUCUAUCAAAAUGGGGUCAGAAUCACCUGGUAUCAGAUGUAUUAAGACGAAUAAAAAUAAAAAUAGUAGGAAGAUUAAAUUUGAUGGCUCUAUAAAUCAUCCAAAUUUGAGCAAAAGUCGUUGAAAUAGCAAAAUAACUCUCAAGACAAGUCAGAGACUAUAUGAGGAUGCAAUCUCCCGAAAAUAAAUCAAAAGAGAGGUUGAAAUUUAAAAUCUCCCCAAAGAAUACUUUUACAACUAAGAAAUCUUCUCAGUAUUUGGUUGGACAGUUCCUAAAAGAUUUCAACGAGGCUUUUACUUCUAAUGAUCGAGAUGAGAAAGGAGAAAUCAGCUUAGAGAAAGCGUAUCAGAUCAUGCAAAUGCUUGGGUUUAUUAGGUCCGUCCAAAAAUAUUCAAACUCUGAAGUUAACUCAGACAGACAAUCUUUUAUGCAUUUUUGAGAAGAAAUGAACCAUAGUGAUGAGACAACUGUGAAGAAAGAAAAGCUAUUACAGUAUACAUUAGCUAUCCAAGGAUAUGACUUUAAGGGAAUUCAAAAGAAUGAAAGUUUACUAAACUUGUAUUCAUUUAUUCAAGGGAUUUCAAAUGUUCCCCAAAAGCAGAGAAACAGAGAUUUAGAUGACAAUUUUAGCAUUUGUGAUCUCCCAGAGGCUCCUUUCAGGGCAGGUGAAUGUCUCUCAAAGAAGGAAAUAAAGAGAAUUCAUCAUAAAUUUCUGAAUCUAGCUAGAAAUCGAUCAGAUUUUAACAAAUUUCAAAGCAGAGAUAAGUAUAAAAGGAGAGAGUCACAUGAUGACCAUCUCAGGGAUAAGCCAGCAAUCAGCAAAAGAUCUGAAGCUUUAGCUGUUAAAAUUAGAGAGCAAUUUGGAGAUGAAGAGAGUAAACUGGUUGAUAUUAGAAACAAGAGCAGUGAGAGAUCAAAAUUCCAAAGCAAAAGAGCAUCAGUAAAUCAUCUUCAAAACUCGAUUUCUCAUGGAGUUAGAAUGAAACCUAAAUAUAAAACAAAAAGACAUUCGAAAGGCUCUAAAAGCCCUCCUCAAGCAGUCGCGAGAAAAGUGAUUUUGAGUGUGGACAUCAACUUCGGGGAGAAUCUGAAAGACCAUAUUCUUGUGCAUAAUGGGGAUAAUAUCCCUCUUCUAAGCAAGAAAUUUGCCCAGAAGCAUCAAUUAUCUACCUCCUUGGAGCAGAAAUUGGUUCAGAUGUUAGAGGACCAACUAGGAUCAGCCUUACACAAUGAUAGUUAACUUUCAGCAUGA